CCGAUCGACCGAGCAACAUUUGCAUUGUAUUUUAAAAAUGUAUACGGUAACUUCAGAUCAGUUCGACAUUUGAUUUCGACCGGUAAACAACAGACAGAAACUGACAAAUAGAAAUCAGUGUUUCUCAAGUUCAGUUUUAUAAAUUCAUACAUGAAAAAGUUAUAGACGGACAGCAAAACAUUAAAAUCGAAAUCGGAAUCAUUCCGAGUCGAAUUUAAAAAAACAACAAAAAGGAAAAAUUAAAAUAUUUAAAAAAAAAUUUAGCAGUUAUACCAAAAGUAUUAUUCUCGUAACAAAUAUAAAUGAGUUACGUUCAAUUAAAUAAAAUCUAAACCCAUACUUAACUACUUAAGUAUAUUAAUUAAAAGUAUUAUUACAUUUAAAUAAAAUAAACAAAAAGCAGCAAAAUGAUAGUGAUGAAAAGUGUUAUAAGCUCGCGCUUUAUACCAAUUAGUGCGCUUGUCAUACUAAAUCUAUGUGUUCGCACGAGCUUUGGUCGUGGAAUCUGCUGUAAUUCGAUACAGAAACGACUCUACAAUGAUGGCGAGCCGGCCUCUUGCCAAAUCUAUUGCCAUGGACCACUGUUGCACACCGUACAAAUGGCGCACCUUUUCAAGGACUCAAAAACGUUUGUCGACAUGAAGCUAAAGAAUCGACCAGAGAAAACCAUGGAGGAAUUCAACGAGUUCAUGCAGAAACACAACAAUACACCAUCCGAGGAGGAGAUACGUGAUUUCGUAGAUACACAUUUCGAGGAGCGCGGUAAAGAAUUUGAACCCUGGACGCCAAACGACUGGAAGGAAAAUCCGGAAUUCUUGAAUGCCAUCAACGAUCCUGAUCUCAAACAAUGGGGAGCCGAUUUGAAUGGCAUUUGGAAGGAGUUGGGACGCAAAAUGAUCGAAGACGUACACAAGAAUCCAGAAUACUAUUCGAUAAUACCUGUUGAUCAUCCCGUCAUCGUGCCGGGUGGACGUUUCAUCGAAUUUUACUAUUGGGAUUCUUAUUGGAUUAUUCGCGGUCUAUUGUAUUCGGAAAUGUAUGAAACAGCACGUGGCAUGAUCGAAAACUUAUUAUCCAUUGUACAACGUUUCGGUUUCAUACCGAACGGUGGUCGCGUUUACUACUCGGGUCGCUCACAGCCUCCACUAUUGACAGCUAUGGUCAAGUCUUAUGUUGAUUUCAAAAAAGAUUACAGUCUCGCCUUGGAAGCUUUGGACACUUUGGAACAUGAAUUUGAAUAUUGGAUGAAUAAUCACACUGUACAGGUGAAGGGUUAUGAUGUUGCCAUCUACAAAGAUAGUUCGAGCGGUCCACGGCCAGAAUCUUAUCGUGAAGAUAUUAUCACAUCGACAGCUUUCCGUACCGAUGAAGAUAAGGAACAACACUAUUCCGAGUUGAAGGCCGGUGCCGAAUCGGGUAUGGACUUCAGUUCACGUUGGUUCAUCAAUGAGGCUGGCACAAGCGAUGGUAAUCUUACCGAUUUAAAGACACGUUCAAUUGUACCCGUCGAACUUAAUGCCAUACUGCACUGGAAUGCAAAACUGAUUGCGGAAUUCCAUGACAAAGCAGGAAACAAAGCAAAAAGCACUGAAUAUGAAUUGAAGGCGGCAAAGAUAUUAGAGGCUAUCCAAGCUAUACACUGGAAUAAUGAUGUCGGAGUUUGGCUGGACUACGACAUGAUCAAUCAAAAACCACGCAAUUACUUUGUACCAACCAAUCUGGCACCACUCUGGACGGGCGCAUUUAAUACCACCGACUCCAAGAGAAUCUCAGCAUCUGUACUAAAAUACAUUGAUAACUUGAAAUUGGACACCUACCCCGGUGGCGUGCCAAAUACGCUUGCGUCAACAGGUGAACAAUGGGACUUCCCUAAUGUGUGGCCACCAAUGCAAUAUCUGCUCGUUAUCGGUUUGGAGAACUUGGGCACGCCGGAGGCAAAGAAACUAUCGGAACGAUGGGGACAUCGUUGGGUUAAAUCGAAUUUCGAGGCUUACAAACAGACGCAGGCGAUGUUUGAAAAGUACGAUGCAUUACACUUUGGCGGUCAUGGUGGCGGCGGCGAGUAUGAGGUGCAGAAGGGCUUUGGCUGGAGCAAUGGCGUUAUUGUUGAGUUUCUCACAAAAUAUGGUGGCGACUUGUCACUGUCGAAUAGUGCGGUAUCAACAGUUUCGGUUAAUACCGUUUUCAGUUUGACUGUUGCAGCGCUAAUCGCUUUGUUCGGCACAAAGCUGGGUCAAACGCUGUGGUGAGUGUCCAAUUUAAGUCAACCGACACACACACGUUAGCGGCCGUUGAAGACGUGAUAUUUAUGACCAUGACGUUACUUACACACACACACACACACCACUUUGCUUUGCGUACAAAUGCAGCGUAUUAUAUGUAUUUUAUCCAGUGAUCAUGCAUUAAUUUAUGAAAUACAUAUUUAUACAUAUAUUGUAUAUAGAAUUUAAAUUUAUUUUAGAUUUUAUUUCAACUUGCACAUUACACUAAUUACGUUCUUAAACAAUUUAUUUUUAUUUAUUAUUAUUAUUAUUUAUUUUAUUUAUUAAAUUUGUUUUUGUUUUGUUGCUUUUAAUAAAAUAUAUUUAUGUAUGUAUAA